UCAUUUCCCGAUGUCUUCCUAAGUCCAUUAAAGUUGCUUAGUCACGAGAAAACCAGCCAGGAGGAGGAUUUUUCGUGUUGCAUCUCAUUGGUUGACAAAGUAUUGAGUUUUCUUGUGUAGUAACUGAACUGAUAAAUGCAUGACAUGGCGACACAAGCGAAGCCUGUUCUGUAUGGAUAUUUUAGAAGUUCCUGCUCUUGGAGAGUCCGGAUAGCGUUUGCACUGAAAGGCAUUGAAUAUGAGCAAAAAACAAUACAUCUCAUCAAGGAUAUGCUACAGGUAACAGAUGAGUUUAAGAAAGUAAAUCCAAUGCAACAAGUGCCUGCAGUCACCAUCGACGGCAUCACCUUGUCUCAGUCGUUGGCCAUCAUACAAUACAUUGAGGAAACUCGUCCAGAGCCCCGACUCCUGCCUGCAGACCCAAAGCAGCGGGCCCACGUCCGCAUCAUCUGUGACAUCAUCGCGUCUGGGAUCCAGCCCCUCCAGAAUAUAUAUGUGAUUCAGAAGAUUGGAGAAGAGAAGGUACAGUGGGCUCAACAUUUCAUCAACCGAGGAUUCGAGGCCUUAGAGCCUAUUCUGAAGCAGACGGCGGGAAAAUACUGUGUUGGUGAUGAGAUAUCCAUGGCAGACAUUUGUCUUGUGCCUCAAGUCUUUAAUGCAGAAAGGUUCAAGGUGGAUAUGUCCAAGUUUCCUACUAUCAGAAGGUUAAAUCAGACCUUAACUGAGAUUGACGCUUUCAAAGUCAGUCAUCCAUCACGUCAGCCUGAUACACCUGAUGAUCUGUGGGCUUAACUUGUAUAAUCAAAUCAAUAAAACACUUUGAUAAACA